GCAAUGUUGACUGCACAGUGCAAUAAGCUCGCCUCGAAAACGCCUCCGCCGCUAGCCGACGCCGCCGUGGGCAAGAGUUUCCACCCCUGGAAGAAGGCCACUCCGCCGCUGGGCAGUCUGGGCAAUCCAUCGCCGCCGAUGAACAACAAUAACAAUAACAACAACGCCACACCGUCGCCUAACUCGGCGGCGCCGCCGAACGCCGGCCUGCCCCCGCUGCGCUCCUCCAGCGCCUCGGGCAUGGUGGCCACCAGCAACUCGGUGGUCAACUCCAGCAGUAGUCAAAUGAACGCCAACAGCAACAACAGCUACGCCUCACAGCGAUCGCCCAGUGGAGGUGGUGGGGGAGUGGGAGGCCCGCACAGUAUUGCCACUAGCAAUUCAAGCGGAUACGGCGUUCACGAGAACCUCUUUCCCUACACCUCCACGGCCAACAGCUGUGUCAUGUCAGACGGCAGUGGCGGAGGCGGCGGUGGUGGCGGCGGCGGUGGUCAGUCCUCUUCUGCCAGCUUCUUCAGUAAGAUGCACGCAGAGACGACCAGCCCGCACCACCACCACCACCACCUGGGCAGCCACCAGCUGUACCCGAGGAUGAGCGCCAAUCCGUACGUGGACAGCUGGCCCUUCAAUGCGAUGGCCAACAGCGGCGCCCACCACCACCACCACCACUCGGCGAUGAAGAGCGAUCCAAUGGGCGUGGCCAUGGGCGGCAAUGGAUCGCUCAACUCGAGCUGGUGGGGCGACCAGCUGCCGACCAGUGCGGGCACCAGCUGGCUGCAGAUGGAGAUGGCGCCCGGCGCCGGCUCCUCCCUUCACGCCUCCUCACUGCAGCCCAACUACGGCUCGGCGGCGGUGGCCGACUACGCACUGGCGGCAGCCGCGGCCAGCAACCCUGGCUCGCAUCUGCUCUCCUCGGCGGGCGUGCAGACGCACCAGCUCCUGCAGGACUCGUACUCGAAGAUGGGGCUGCCCGGCGCCGGUCAGGUGAGCGCCGCCUCUGCCUUCGGCAGCCUCUCCCAGGCGGCCUCCAGUCUGCCCGCGUCGCUCACGGCGGCGGCCACUGGCGGCGGCGGCGGCGGCCCGGGCGGCUCCUCGGUGCCCUCCUCUCGGUCGCAGCGUCGCUACACCGGCCGGGCCACCUGCGACUGUCCGAACUGUCAGGAGGCGGAGCGGCUGGGCCCGGCGGGAGCGGCCCGUCUGAAGAAGAACAUCCACAGCUGUCACAUUCCCGGCUGCGGCAAGGUCUACGGGAAGACGUCUCACCUGAAGGCGCACCUGCGGUGGCACACCGGCGAACGGCCCUUCGUCUGCAAUUGGCUCUUCUGCGGCAAGCGCUUCACCCGAUCGGACGAGCUUCAGCGACACCUGCGCACGCACACCGGCGAAAAACGGUUUGCAUGUCCCAUCUGUAAUAAACGAUUCAUGAGAUCUGACCAUUUGAACAAACACGUGAAGACCCACAAUAGCAAUGAAGCAGGCAGCUGCGGCGGCGCCGGCAAAAAGGAAAACGGCAACCUGAGCGACAGUGAGAACAACAACCACCACCAGACGGUGACCGGCAGUCAACUGACGCCCCCCGCCACCUCCCCUGGCGAUAUGCACAUCAAGUGGUGA